AUGGACUCCAACCUGCAAGGGACCUUCCUGCUGAACAGCCCUUCCGUGCCCCCGUUCCCCGAGCUGAAGGCCCCCAUGUGCCAGUACUCGGUGCCGAACUCCUUCUACAAGCUCAGCCCCGCCGGGCUCAGCGCCCAGCUGGCGGCAGGCACGCCGCAUGGCAUCAGCGACAUCCUGAGCCGGCCGGUGGCACCUCCGAACGGCAGCCUCUUGUCGGGCUACUCCCACGUUGGCGGAUUCAACGGCCUGAGUGCCCAGAGCAUUUACUACGGCUCCCAGGUGGGGAGUUUCUCCAAGACGGGCGGCGAGUAUGCGGCCAGGGGGAGGAACUGCUGGGCCGACUCAGGGCAGGACUGGCACGGAGGUCGGCCCUGUGGCAACCCCGCAGGGCCGGUGGGCGACGGCCUCCACAAGAAGAAGCACACGCGGCCCACCUUCACAGGCCACCAGAUCUUUGCCUUGGAGAAAACCUUUGAGCAGACCAAAUACCUGGCCGGGCCUGAGCGGGCGCGACUGGCUUAUUCCCUGGGCAUGAGCGAGUCCCAAGUGAAGGUGUGGUUCCAGAACCGGCGCACCAAAUGGAGGAAGAAGAGCGCUCUGGAGCCUUCUUCGUCCUCUCCCCGCGCAGGGGCUGGGGCAGGGGAGCGCUCCGUCUCUGACGAGGAUGAUGAAUACAACAAGCCCCUCGACCCCGACUCGGACGACGAGAAGAUCCGCCUGCUUUUGCGCAAACACCGGGCGGCCUUCUCCGUUCUGGGCCUGGGCUCCCACAGUGGCUGA